AUGGUUGCUCGCCUUGCCUCCGACCUUCCCAACGUGAAAGAGUUCCCAGCCAGCGCCAACCCAGAUGACAUUGUCCAAGCGCUCAUCCGAAACGUCAUCCCCCAAGAAACACUAGAUGUCAUCGAGAAAGACGUCCGCCCCUUCAUCGAAGCCGACAAGCCCUGGAAAGGCGACUUCUUCUCUCCCAAAACCCGCCGGGUCUACGGCCUUGCCGGCAAAUCACCCACCUUCUUCAAGAGCGUCGUCGCCAACCCGUUAUACCAAGCCGUCUGCAGCAAGAUGCUCACAGCAGAGUAUAAAUCCUGGCUGGGGCAAAAACUCGAGACAUCCAUCUCCCGCCCUCAGCUCAACAACACAAUUGUCUUUUCUAUCAACCCCGGCGCCAGAGCCCAGGAGCUGCACCACGAUGGUAUGAUUCAGCAUAAUGUCCUCAUGGCCAUCACAGCUGACCAAUACAAAAUCGGGCGUGACACUGGCAUCGGAUGGUUCGUCGCCGGGAACAAGACCACAAAGGCCAAUGGCGCGACCAGAUGGAGCCUCCUAGGGGAAGAGCUAGCUUUUUUUGCGGAGAUGAACCCCGGGGAUGGGUUCGCGAUGCUUACUAGCUGCUUUCAUGAAGGUAGUGCUAACACGACAAGGGAUGAGGAGAGGUUGAUUUACAGUUGUUUUAUGACAAAGGGGUAUCUACGACAGGAAGAGAACCAAUACUUGGCGUCCUCGCUUGAGAAGAUCUGCGAGUAUUACGACGCUGAUUUGCAGAAGCUGAUCGGGUAUCAGUAG